AGUUUGAGAAGUGAGAUCUUCAACUUCCACUUCAUUGAACUUGCCUCUUCUUCAAGUCUAAGGCACAAACCCCAGUAGUGAUCGAUACCGAAAGGGGCUGUCUUCAAACGACACCGUUUCGAUCAAUGGUGAAGGGACUGCACGGCCAGAACCUCCCCGCCGACGUGGCGCAGGUGGUUGAUCAGCUGGAGCGCCACUGCUUGGCUCCCGAUGGAUCUCUCAUCUCCAAGCCUCUCUUCAACGAUCUCCAACUCGCCAGAGAGGAAAUGUGCAGGGAAAGACUGCGUUACCUGGAAGCCAUGGCUAUAUAUUCUGAGGCCAUUGCUAUGGUGGAAGAGUAUCAGCAAGCCAUUUCUGUGUCUAACCUUGGUGGAAUUAGAGAUACUGGAAGUCUUUAUCCGCAGCUUGGAUUGAGGAACACUCCUCAGGUUUAUCAGACUUUAGAGCAUCAAAUGAUUGUUGCUGAAGCAGCUCAACGAUUGAGACUACCUCUAAUCUCCAAAGAUGGAGAAGUUCGUGAUGAAGAUAUUGAAAAGCUGAGUGUAGUGUCUCGAACAUCCCUUGACAGUACUAGCAACAGUGCCCUGAUCAACUCAAACACGAAUUCUUCUAAUUAUAACACUCCAAAUAGCUCUGUUAGCGGGGCUAACUCUUCUCUUGCUGCUUUGGAUCCAGUGGAACCUGGAGUUGGUGGUGUCCCCAAUCGAUUUUUGGGAAUUACACCUGGUUAUUUGUGGCAAACUCAGCAUCAACAAGCACCAUUAUCUGUGGAUAUGACAGAAUACCGCAUGGCUCUUUCACGAGAGGUAGAGGCUCGCUUGAAAAUGAAAUGUGAAAAAUUAUCAGAUGCCUUUAUAUUGGAUGACAAUGAUCCUUCAUCUGCAAGUCAAGGUUCAAGUUCUCGGCUUCCAGAAAGGGUAAAGCUGUUGAUUGAGGAGAUUGAAAGAGAAGAAACAGCACUGCGCAAUGACCUGUAUUCUGCAGAUAGAAAAUUUGCUGAAUACUAUAAUGUCUUGGAGCAGAUACUUGGUGUGCUUAUUAAACUUGUCAAAGAUUUGAAGUUGGAGCAUCAACAUAAAUAUGAUGAGCUGCAGAAGACUUGGCUCUGUAAAAGGUGUGAGACCAUGAGUGCAAAAUUGAGGGUUUUACAACACGUUCUCUUGCUCGAAACCUACACCAAGGAUUCUAUACCUGCCCUUCAUAAGAUAAGGAAGUAUCUUGUUGAAGCGACAGAAGAAGCUUCUAUUGCAUACAAUAAAGCGGUUACUCGCUUGCGUGAGUACCAAGGUGUUGAUCCUCACUUUGACAACAUUGCAAGGCAGUACCAUGACAUUGUAAAGAAAUUGGAGAACAUGCAAUGGACAAUCCACCAAGUUGAGAUGGAUCUAAAACGUUUGCCAGAUAAUCCCAGCACAUAAAAGUUUUAUGUUUUGUCUCCUUAUCAUGUUUGAAUCUAUAUGUAAAUGGUAUUAAUGGAAUUCCCCUCCCUUAACCCUGCAUUAGUUAUGUCACUAAUGAUUAAUUUGUGUGCAUGUUUGAACACUUUAACUACUAUGCAUUAACUGAUAAGAGGGGGGAAAAGAGGAUUAACAAAGUCCUGUUUCUACUAUUUUAUGAAGUUGUGGAAUUCCAGUAUU